GCCUCUCUGCUAGCUAACAGGCUAGGCUAGCUCGGCGGCUAGCAUCUCUCCUCAGUGUAAUUAGUUGAGACGCACCGGCUCCAUCAACAUCACGGUGCUGUUCGGACUGAAGUGACUCUCUUUAGAAUUCCCCCGGCACCGACAGACCGCGCACACCGAAGGGACGCAGAGUUUAGGCAUCACUUUAUCAAAUCACUGAAGAUGAUUAAGCUUUUUUCCCUGAAGCAGCAGAAGAAAGACGAGGAAUCUGCUGGAGGAAACAGAACAGGAGCCGGGGGUAAAAAAGCCAGCGCGGCCCAGCUCCGAAUACAGAAAGACAUCAAUGAGCUGAACCUGCCAAAGACAUGUGAGAUCAACUUCCCCGACGACGAUGACCUCCUCAACUUCAGACUCAUCAUCUCACCAGACGAGGGCUUUUACAAAGGAGGAAAGUUUGUCUUCAGCUUUAAGGUAGGACAGGGUUACCCCCACGACCCCCCCAAGGUGAAGUGUGAGACGAUGGUGUAUCAUCCCAACAUCGACCUGGAAGGAAACGUCUGCCUAAAUAUCUUAAGAGAGGACUGGAAGCCUGUGCUGACAAUAAACUCCAUCAUCUACGGUCUACAGUAUCUAUUUCUAGAGCCGAACCCUGAGGACCCGUUGAACAAGGAGGCGGCAGAAGUCCUCCAAACAAACCGGCGGCUCUUCGAGCAGAACGUCCAGCGCUCUCUGAGGGGCGGAUACGUGGGCGCCACCUACUUCGAGAGGUGUCUUAAAUAACUCGGCGUCCGACCAUUCUCCAAACUCCCCCAGCCCUCCCCCUACACUCCUCACCUCCUCCUCCCCCUCUGCCUCACCUCCUCCUCCUCAGUCCUGCUCGUUGGCAGCAGCAGGAGCUGCGGUGACAGAAAGCAGCACGCCAGAAGACGCUUUUCUGUUUCAAAACAAAAGAAGACGAAGAAACCCCUCCUCCUCCUCCUCCUCCUCCUCCUCCUCCUCCUCCCUCCGUCUCCCCCUCCUCUCCCUUCCUCCCAUAAUUCUGUUUUACUUCCAAGACGCAGCAUUCAGCCGUUUACACACCACAGGGGGACGCCGACACACACACACACACACACACAAACACACACACAGGAACUGGACUUGAAAAGAUGGCUGUCAGUGAUUGGCGGCCAGGGGGAGGGAGGGGAGGGUGGUCUGUGAAUGUUGCCCGGGUGAGUUGGUGAUUCAGAGAACGCCACAACACUGACGACGACGACGAUGAUGAUGAUGAUGAUGACGACACCCACAUGAUUUUAUUUUAUUUUUUUAUGUUGUACGUGGCGAACACACCUGACAGGUGGUCAGAAGGACACGCCCCCUCCCUCUCACCACCAUGUGUCUGUUCGUCAGCCGGCAGCAAACUCCAAACUCACAGACGGCGUUCUUCACCAGCAGCCGUUCACCCGCCAGCGUUCUGUGCACGGUGCACAGAAAUCACUACGCCAGGAAGUAGUUCCAGCACACUCCUCCCCUAAAACUACAAAUGAUCAUCAAUCAGCGAGCGGCGACUCCACAGCUGUAGGAGUCCAACCAGAAAAACAUUGACAAGAUGGUGGGGAGGGGCUUGUGAUCUGAUAAGGGAGGGGUCAGUCGAUGUGGGAGGAGCUAAUCACUGCAGGCGGAGCUGUGAUGCGCCUUAAAACGCCCGUUGAGACAAAGCGUUUCUGAAGGCGAUCUGUGGAGCGUUCAGCUGGAUAUAUCAUGUCUAGUGAGGGGGAGUGGUCAGUAUGAGUGGGAGGGGCUUUUAUGGGUGACAGUGGGAGGGGCUUCCAAGUCACAAUACCUUCAGGUACGCCUUAAAAAGUUUCUUAAAACAAGCCGGUAGUUUUCAGCCUGCAAUUACUCAGCAACUGUAGAUGUAAUUAUGUCAGCAUAUGAGGGCGGGGCUUCUGAGUACGGGGGCGGGGCUUCUGAGCUGCAGUGGAAGCAGGUUUGCCUUAAAAAAGCAAAAGAUGAUGUCAGUGCUGCAUCUUAAAAUGUCGGUCGGUGUAGGAGUUAAUCAGCUGGUCACAUGACUGAUGAGCUGCAGGUGAGACAGGUGGAGGUGAACACGUUUGACAUUCAGCUGUCAUGACGUCU